AUGGGGUGGCUGCUACGAAAGAUUCCCCACCCCCCGCCACCUUCUCCUCACUCAGCGCUACCCCAGGAGGGCGCGCCGCCCUGUGGCCCCGGGCUCGCCGGGAUCCUCCCACAGACGUCAGUGGGAGAGGAGAAGAAGGAGGAGAAGGUGGACUACCUCAACCUCCUCUGCCCCGUGCCCUUCGAGGAGAUCCAGCGCGAGGCUCUCAUGUCUUUGAAGCCUAAACUUUUUGAAGGAUUGAGGUUUGACUUCACAAAAGGGUUGAAUCAAAAGUUUUCUCUUAGCAACAGGUAAGAUCAUUACAUAUGGGCAGACCCAGGGCUAGAGGCUCCCACAUGAGUGUGGCCUGGGGAAGGGAUAAACUGAACCAAGUCUCCCCCCGCAAUUGCGGAGAGGCUGCUUCGAACCCGUGACCUGGUGAUUCAGUGAGACAGCUCUCACCACUGCACCAGGCCUGCCCACUAAGAUCAUU